UGCGAAACGAAACACGUAUCGUGGCAGAAGAGCUUCCAGGUUUGCGCGAACCUGAUGGGUCCCUGAUGACCUCUCUGGGUAGGAUGGGUCUGGUCUAAAGAGCCCUCUUGUUGCACAUAGACUAGCUGAAGCUCUGGUGGCCGCCAUGGGGUUCGUGGAGCUGAGCUUGCUGAUUUGGAGGGUGAUCUGCGCUUGGGUUUCGGCGCUGGCUCACGUCUUCUUACCUGCACGGAGGAAGUCUGUGGAGGGAGAUAUCUGUGUGAUCACAGGAGCUGGCAUGGGUAUUGGACGACUGUUUGCGCUGGAGUUUGCCAAGCUGGGUGCGACAGUCGUUCUUUGGGAUGUGGACAAUCCAGCAAAUGAGGAGACAGCCAGACUGGUAGAGGCUGCACACGGGAAGGCCAAGGCUUAUGUCUGUGAUGUCAGCAACAAGAGUGAUGUAUACAGGAUAGCGGAGCAGGUGAGGAGAGAGGUGGGAGAUGUGUCCAUCCUGGUGAACAACGCCGGCGUGGUCUGUGGGAAAACCCUGCUGGAGCUGCCGGAUGAGGGGAUCGAGAAAACCUUCGCAGUCAACACACUGGCUCACUUCUGGACAGUGAAGGCCUUUCUUCCAGGAAUGCUGGCUAACAGCCAUGGUCACAUCAUCAGCAUAGCCAGUAUAGCAGGCCAUUACGGCGGUGUGGGUCUGUGCGACUACUCGGCCAGUAAGUUUGGAGCUGUGGGGUUUGAGGAGUGUCUGCGGUACGAGAUCAGGCGGACUGAGAAACAGGGCAUCUACACCACAGCAGCCUACCCCUGGAUCAUCAGCACUGGGAUGUUUGAGGGAUUUUCUCCCAAGGAAGGCUGGUUACUGCCACCCCUGGAGCCUCAGCAUGCAGUGGACUGCAUCAUGCACGGAAUCUUAACUAACAGAGAAGUCGUCUUUGUGCCUGGUAUCCUCAACUUCUUCACAUUCCUCAAGCCAGUCCUUCCCAUGGACGCCAUGUGGGCAGUGGUGAAGUUUUUCGGCAUUGAUACAGCCAUGGACACUUUCAAAGGCAGGAACAAACAGGACUAAUUAAAACCUUGGAAACCCAGCCUUAUAAUAUAUCCUUCAAGAGUUUCAUUUAGUUUUAUUUUGUUAUUAUUAGAUGUAGCCUCCUUUGCAGACUUGAGCGGUGUCGGUGUUACUUUUUUGAGGGUAGUGCUGAUACACAAUUUAUACACGUGUUACCAAGAGGGGGUUUACUAUAGAGUAUACUCUCACAUGAGCGCUCUCCCUCAAAAAUAACGCUGCCUUCACUCAAGUCUGCAAAGGAGGCUAGUUAGAUGAAUGAUUUAUUAUAAUAAUUAUAUGUAUACUAUUAAGUUAAAGUUAUCCAGAGAUGGUUAUAUAAGUGUUCCAUCUAAUGUAUAUUAUGUGUAAGUUAUGGAAGAAGACAAUGUCAUGUACCUGUAGUUUUCUAGCUGUUUAACCUUAUCAUUAUAGUAAUCAUGAAUUUAAUGACUGUGUGAUAAGUAAAUCAAUGAUGCGUAAUUGUGAUAUAAGACAUAUACUUUACAUUGAAGUCCACAUUUUUAAUUGCUUAAUUUGUGAAUUAUGUCAUGUGCCAAGUUGGCAGCUAUAGAGCAAGGCUGCGUACGUAAUAAUUUAACUCAUCAACAUAAUUAUGUUGCUGUAAACUUCCUCAAUAACAAUGAAACAGUAAUAAACUUAA